AUGAAUGUUUCCAAUGUUUACAUAUUGCUGCUGUCUUUCUUCAAAUUGCCAUCAGCAUAUGGCCAAUCCCGGAUUGUCGGUGGCUAUUCAGUGUUGCCUCAUUCCAUCAAAUACCAGGUUUCACUGAAGAGACCAGGAGGAUCUCAUUACUGUGGGGGGUCUCUGAUCCAUCGGCGAUGGGUUUUGACAGCUGCACAUUGCAAUUAUGGCGGUGCUGGGUCUAUACAAAUAGUAGCAGGAGAACAUUCAUUAACUAGAUAUGAAGGUACUGAGCAACUGUUUCAUCCAUUGAAGAUCAUACCCCAUCCUCAAUAUGACUCAAAGAAAAAAGAUUCUGACAUCAUGUUGAUUAAGCUCUCAAGACCUGCAAGCCUGAACUAUUUUGUUGGAAUUGUAGCCCUGCCUCAUCAAAAAACACCGUUAGAUGCAGACACGCUAUGCCGAGUGUCUGGCUGGGGUUUCGUCAAUCCAAAUGGAAGGUUCAUGCCAAGGAUGUUGAGGGCAGUUAAAGUGCCCAUUGUAUCUAGUUCACAGUGUAACCACACUGAAUCUUACAAUGGAAACAUCACCGCCAACAUGAUCUGUGCUGGAUUCACUGCAGGAGGAAAAGAUUCAUGCCAGGGAGAUUCUGGUGGCCCACUGAUUUGCAAGGGCAGAAUAUACGGUGUAGUGUCCUGGGGGAAGAUCUGUGGUGACGGGAAGUUUCCUGGGGUAUAUACAGCUGUGGCAAAGUUCCGUAAUUGGAUUAUCAGGACCAUCAAACAGUCAUAA